UUGCAAAGACGACGCCUUCCCCCCUCUCUAGCACUCACUCUCUCCAAGUCUACAUGGCGGACGCUCCUACCUCCUCCUCCUCCUCUCUCUCUGUUUGAUGAUCGAAGUUACGAUCAGAUUGUCUACUCUCAUUUUUCUCGGUGCAGAUUCUCCCGCGUUUUUCCGAUCGUCGGGUAGUGAAGUCUGAUGGAGGAAAACAAGGGAGCGGAGAGCGUUGCUAGAGCGAUCAUCGCUGCUCUGGACUAUGCUUCGCCGCUUGAUGCUCGGCAGGCCGCCUUCUCUUUUUUGGAAUCCGUCAAGCAGGGAGACGUUCGACUCUUGGCGGGAACGUCGUUUCGGUUGGUGUCGAGGAAUUGGCCGCCGGAGGUGCGGCUGCACGGGUUUAAGUUGUUACAGCAUUUGGUCCGACUACGUUGGGGGGAACUCAACAGUCAUGAACAGCAAGAUUUUGCUGUCACAUCUGUUAAGGUGAUAACUGAAAUGGCGGAUCCUCAGGAACAAUGGGCACUGAAAAGUCAAGCUGCGCAGCUAAUUGCUGAGGUUAUCAGGAGUGAAGGAUUCAAUUUAUGGAAAGAGAUAUUGCCUUCUUUGAAUGCUGUAUGUCAGCAAGGUCCUACUGAGGCAGAAUUGAUUGCCAUGCUUUUGAGGUGGCUUCCGGAAGAUGUUACCAUUCAUAAUGAGGACUUAGAAGGAGACAGACGAAGGACACUUGUACGUGGUCUUACUCAAUCCCUACCAGAUAUUUUCCCGUUAUUAUAUAAUUUGCUUCAAAACCACUUUCAUGCUGCCAUUGCUGAAGCUGGAAGAGGUCAAUUUGACAGUGCAAAGCAACACCUGACCACCGUAAUUGCUUCUCUCAAUGCUGUGAAUACUUAUGCAGAAUGGGCACCUAUAUCAGAUCUUGCAAAAUAUGGCUUGAUUACCGCAUGCGGAUUUUUGCUUUCUUCUGUUGAUAUUCGUUCCCAUGCUUGCGACUUCUUCAAGAUCAUGGCUCCCAGGAAAAGGAAUACUGAUUGUGGUUCUUCUGAGUUUGAUGCUGCCAUGCAUGACAUUUGUAGUUUCCUUACAAAAGCAUCAAGUGAGUUUUUGCAGCGGUGCCAUCAGAAUGCAGCUGGUCUCGAUCAAAGUGAAUAUGAAUUUGCUGAAUGCCUGUGCGAAAGCAUGGUGAAUUUUGGUUCCCAUAAUUUACACUGCAUUGCUGAUGGUUUGUUGCUCAAUCUGUUUCUUGAGCAGAUGCUAGGGUAUUUUCAACAUAGUAAGCUGGCUCUUCAUGCUUCAUCACUUCAGUUUUGGCUGGCAUUUCUAAAGGACUUACUGAAGCCAAAGGUUCCUGCCCAAGCACGAGAUGGGUCUCCUACCUCUGGUCAAGAUUCUGUUUCUGGAUUAGCAGACAAGGAAAAGAAAGGGAUGCAAAUUUGUAUUGAUGACCACAUAUAUGGCGUUAUAUUAGAUUUUUCUUUCCAACGCAUGGUAAAGAAGACUGCCUCUCCUGGUGGGGCACUUGAGAUUUGGAAUGAUAGCUAUGACAGCAAGGGAGACUAUGGCCUGUACCGUGGCAGAAUGUUGGAACUUGUGCGAUUGGUCUCCUCAUACAAGCCUGUUGUUGCAGCGGUGAAGUUAUUUCAAAGAAUAGAGUCCGUUUUUAACAGCUGUGCAAGUGCACCAUCACCUGACAAGGAUUUACCCCUACUGGAGAGUACUCAGUUGGCUCUGGAAACUGUUGUUGCUUCAGUUUUUGAUGGGCCAUGUGAAUCUGCUGAUCGCAACUCCCCUGAAGUACAGCAGGCAUUUCGUGCAAUACAAGACUCACUUCGGCAACUACUUUCUUUGAACGUGAGCAAACCCAUGUAUUUGAAAAUCCUUGCACGCCAUUUUGAUGCUCUUGGUCCAUUUCUCAAGUUCUUCCCUGAAGUGGUACAUGGGGUUAUAAAAAUUCUUUUUGAGCUGUUGCAGUUGCUUCCUGUUGCUGAUAAGGAUCCUUCAAAUAAUGUCCGUAGUGUAAGACUGCAUAUCUGUACAUCCUUUAUCCGGAUUGCACAAACUGCUGAUAGAAGUCUUCUUCCACAUAUGAAGGAGAUUACAGAGACAGUGGCUUGUCUGCAUGCAGAAGGGCGUCUACCUCGUGGAGAGCAUAAUAUUUUGGGGGAAGCAUUUCUAAUUGUUGCCUCUGCUGCUGGGAGUGAAACACAAGAGAGAGUUUUGUCCUGUUUACUUGAGCCCAUUAGCAAGGAAUGGACACAGAUGGAGUGGCAGAAUACAUAUUUGUCUGAUCCAUCAGGUCUUGUUCGCUUGUUCAUGGAUGAUGCAACAAUGUGGUCCAUCUUCCACUCCAUUACAUUCUUUGAGAGAGCACUUAAGAGGAGUGGGACACAAAAAAAUUCUCCAAUUUUGCAGAGUGAUUCUAAUCGUACCCAUCCAUUUGCAUCCCAUUUACCAUGGAUACUGCCUCCUCUUCUUAGGUUGCUUCGUUCUGUACAUUCAAUGUGGUCACAGUCUGUAGCUCAAGCUUUGCCUCCAGUUGUACAAAAUGCUAUGAGGAUGAGCCAAACAGAGCAAGCUAUGCUUCUAGGUGGGUCAACUUCUAAGGUACCUAAGGACCCACCAUCCAUGGCAGAUGCAGUUCUAAACAGCAUGCAUGGGCAUGAAACCAUGCAGAUAAAAGAAAAUGACAUAAGGAAUUGGUUGAAGGGGACGAGAGAGAGUGGGUAUAAUGUCUUAGGCCUGUCAACUACCAUUGGGGACUGCUUCUUUAAAUGUUUGGACAGCAGUUCUGUUGCUUUAGCUCUCAUGGAAAAUAUAAGAUCAAUGAAUUUUUGGCAUCUUCGCCAACUCACCCACUCUGUUCUGACUCCUCUGGUGAAAUCUUGCCCUACAGAGUUAUGGGAUUCAUGGCUGACAAAAUUUCUGCUCCCGCUGUUUAGCCAUUGUUAUCAGGUCCUUACUUAUUCAUGGACCAAUCUAAUCAAUGAAGGAAGAGCAAAAAUUCCAGAUAUUGGUGGCAAUUUUUCUUCAUCGGAUUUGCAGGUAGAAGUAAUGGAAGAACAGCUGCUUCGAUCAUUGACACGAGAGAUAUGCUCCUUGCUAUCAGUUAUAGCAUCUCCUGGUUUAAAUGCCUGUUUGUCUCUAUUAGAACAAGUUGGACAUGCUAACCGUAUGGAAUCAAAUGUGGAAGGCCUGGAAGGUUUGGCCUCCAAUUCUCUAAUGUGCUUUCUACUUAAACGGAAUGGUCCUACUUUUCCUGUUCUUCAACUUAGUUUGGAAAUUCUUUGUUGGCCUGAUGGCGAGGCAGUGGCUAAGUUGUUAUCAUUCUGUGGGGCUGUCAUUCUACUAGCUGUUUCAACAAAUAAUCCUGGACUCAGGGCAUUUGUUGCAAAGGAGAUGUUUUCUGCAAUCAUUAGAGGUUUGAUGCUAGACUCCAAUGCAAUCAUCGGUGCAGAUCUUGUGGGGCUCUGUUGUGAUAUUUUCACCUCCCUGUCUAAUAAGGACGCUGCAUGUAAGGAGGUUUUAUUGUCCCUUCCAUGCAUAACGAUGCAUGACCUCCUUGCAUUCGAGGAUGCCUUAGCGAAGACAUCUAGCCCUAAAGAACAAAAGCAGCAUAUGAAAAGCUUGCUUCUGUUAGCUACUGGAGACAAGUUGCGGGCACUUGCUGCUCAGAAGGGUGCUGGUGCCAUGACCAAUAUUUCAGUUAGGAUCCGCAACCCAAGUCUGUCAAUGGAGCAAAGCACUGAGGAAGGUGGUGAUGUCAUUGGUUUGGCAGCAAUAACAUGAACCCAUGGAGCAACCGUCAGCCCAUGAAUUCUAUGUGAAGUACGGAUCUUUCAUCUUCAAAUUUUUGGCGGAGCCAAGAGUGCAAAUAAAGAAAUAUGAUGGGAAUUUCAUUCUUGUCUGCUCAGUCGGACAGCUCAUUCUAACGUGUAGCCUGGAGGUCAUACAUCAUCCACCUCAAGUUUUUGUUAGGAAAGUGGAUGUGCCCGUAACCGGUGCUGGUGAUUUGUAUUAUUUGGAUGUGAAUGAGAGAGAUGUGUACAGGGUGUUCGUCAUGCAAUUUCAUGCACCAUAAUUUUAUUUUUGGGUAUUGUACAGGGAUGUGUUUCCCCCCGUCCAGUAUAAUUAAGUUUAUUGGAAACAUUAUAUGCACCAUUUGUUCGUGGGCAUUCUCCAAUGUGAUGUGAUUAAAAGGAAUUUUUUGAAAGACCACCGCAUAAGCAA